CAAAUAAUACUGAAAUCGUAAAAAUUACUACUCAGACAAAACAUUUUGCCUUUGAAAUAAGAGAUAAACCUGCAAAAAUCAUUCAAAAUAAUAUUAUUAGUAUACCAGAGGAAAUUCAUCCUUAUAUUUCUUUAAUUAACGCUUUUC